AUGAGGGUGGCAUCCACUGAUAAAAGGGAUACAGUUAUCAAGGCUGGAAAACCAGGCCAGAUAAGUGCAGUGUGGGACCAUGAGGCCCUCCAAGCAUGUAUCUGUGAGAAAAGUGUGUUUAAGCCAUGUUCUCCUGCAACCUUUUUUCUAAAACCCUUUCCCCGGCUGCACCCUGGGGCAAGGAACCCGACGCAGCUGCAGCAGGGGCCCCUGCCGCGUACCCUGGAGCUCUUCUACGAUGUACUGUCCCCCUACUCCUGGCUGGGCUUCGAGGUCCUGUGCCAGUAUAAGAACAUCUGGAACAUCAACCUGCAGUUGCGCCCCAGCCUCAUUGCAGGGAUCAUGAAAGACAGCAGAAACCAGCUGCCAGCUCUGCUUCCCCGCAAAGCCCAAUACCUGAAAAAUGACAUUAGACUCCCAGGACAGCAUGUCCAGGUUCCCGUGCAGUUCCCCAAGGAUUUCUUCUUUGUGAUCCUUGAAAAAGGAAGUUUAUCAGCCAUGAGAUUCCUCACUGCCGUGAACAUGAAACACCCAGAGAUGCUGGAGGAAGUGCCCAGGGAACUAUGGAUGCGUGUCUGGUCGUGGGAUGAAGACAUCACAGAACCUCAGAGCAUCUUAGCCGCUGCAGAGAAGGUCGGCAUGUCUACAGAACAAGCCCAGGGACUUCUGGAAAAGAUCGUAACACCAAAGGUGAAAAACAAGCUCAAGGAGGACACUGAGGCAGCCGGCAAAUAUAGGGCCUUUGGGCUGCCAGUCACUGUGGUCCAUCUGGAUGGCCAAACCCACAUGCUAUUUGGCUCUGAUCAGAUGGAGUUGCUGACACACCUGCUGGGAGAGAAGUGGAUGGGCCCUGUGCCUGCAGCCAUAAACCCCAAACUUUAAGUAUAGCCAGGGGAAGCCUAUAGGG